AUGGCUAGCAAUCAUAUUUCCGUAAUACAUCCAGAGGCAUUUUCUUCUUCGACUUUAGUAGCGUUUAUAGACAUUGCCGGCUGUGGUAUCAAAAAGAUCAAAGCAAGUUUAUUCAAAAAUUUAAAUCAACUAACAAACUUGAAUAUUGAUAACAAUGAGAUAGAAGUGAUCAAUAACGAAUCGUUCUUGGGGCUAUCUUAUCUAAAGAAUUUGCAUCUGAGUGGUAACAAUUUACGUAUGAAAGAUAUCUCAUCCAUCGAAUUUAAGGGAAGAAUUCUGUUCGUAAAAAAACAACAUAAUUAUUUUGCUAUCGAUGCUCUUACAUCAAAACUCGUUGAUAAGUUGCUACGAAUGCAAAUAACUACGAUUGAUAAUUUAUUAAAUCGCAACUAUUCUCUACCUAGGAAAUUAGCUGUUAACAAGUUCCCAGAAAUUAUCUUUCAAAAAUUUCCAGCUAUAGAUACUUUUAUCUUAAAUUUAUCGAAUAACCGAAUUUAUUCUGGCUCCGUACUAAAUUUUGCUAAUUUAACAGCCUUACAAAGCAUGAAGUUAAAUAAUAACAAGAUAAAAAUUAUAGCAGAUGAUGCCUUUAAGUCCUUAAAUCUCGAACGAUUGUAA